UAGAAUUCCACAGGGUUUGUCUGGCAAGACCUGUAUUGUGGAAGCCGUGUUGCGCGGCCACCAACCUCCCUUCUGGGGUUACUAGAUCUCUCGCUAUUAUGAGUCUUUCCAUCAUUAUUCCCAGAAUGGGCAUAAGGCUAACCAGCCUGUAAUUCCCCAUGUGUCGUGAGCUAGGUAUUCCCUCCUCCGCAAGACAGACUCUCCAGCACUGACUCUAAGCAUGCACAAGGAGAGAUGUUGAACCCUCUAUGCCACCCUUUACCCAAAGCUUUGCUUAUGAACCCUUUAGGGCCUGUCUCUAAAGGGAGGGGCACUGUGGAAACUGGCAUGCCUGCAUUCUGCACUCUGAGCCCCUAAUUGGGCCAGCUUGCGGCUGUAGCGACAGGCCCUUGGAUCCAAUUCCUCAGGGGGUGGGUGCUCUCCUGAAAGACUACCCAUUUCCAAGUCUCCUCCCUUUAGAUGUUUAUGUCUACCUUCUCCUUCAUUUCCACAGGUGGGGAUACUAGGCCCCAUGGGGGCUCUUGAACUACUUUCUUCCAGGGCAGGCCCAGACUGGUAUUGAGAGAUUGGACCUGCAGGUUCUGGCCUGUCCAGUGCAACAGCAAUUCUAAUUAUUAGUGUUUCAAUUCUGAGCCUCUUCUUGUUCAGCCAGCUCCCCAUCAUCCUCAGACUCUGAGCUAUCAAUCCCACCAAAACAGUCAGCUUCUCGUGUAUGCCUGGGAAUCUUGCCCAAGAUUCGGACCACUGAUGCCUCAAUCCAGUCCUCUGCAAGCUCACCUAUUCUCCACAUGGCCUCAAAAAUGGAGGCCAACAGGUGCAAGAAUAACCCUGCCAACUCCCGAAGAACCCUUGGGUGUAACCCUCAAGUGUGACGCCUUUGUAACAUCCAAUGCUCUGAGCAGUUCCUCGACUUCUAGGGAGGUGCCCAUCUCUCAACAAAUCCCCUUCUUCCGUAUUAAGCAGUCCUGCUGCUUGUCUCGCCUUCCUCUUGCUAUUUACAUGUUGGUAGAAGCCCUGUUUGUUGCUCCUGAUAUUCUUUGCAAGUCUCAGCUCAUGAUCAGCUUUAACCUUGAGAAGAAUCCUGCAAUGAGCCUCCUCCUCCUGGUAUACCCUUUUGUCUUCUUGCUCCAGUGCCCAUUUUCUACGGAGGUUCCCCUUAUGUCUAAUCCCUCUUACCACCUCUUUUUGCAUCCACAAUGAUGCUCUCCUUCACCUCCCUCCCUUGCUAACUAGUGGUAUGGUCAAAGCUUGUGCCUCCAAGACCUCUCUUUUGAGCCAUCCAUCCCUCCUGAACUCCCUUGCCUUCCAGUACCCUCUCCCCAGAGACUUUCCCCAGUCUGGCCUUCCGUUGACCAAAGCUGGCCCUCAUGAAGUCCCACCUUCUUGUACACGACCUGCUGCUCAUCUCCAUUCCCCUGAUCUCAAAACAAAGGGGUGUGGAUGUGAUCACUCGCAUCCAGAGUUCCCCUAAUCUACACCUCAUCUAUCAGCUCCUGCCUGUUGGUCAAGACCGAGUCAAGGAGAUUUCUGACCUUCAUCACUUUCCGGACCCUCUGUGUUAAAAACCCUCCCUCUAUAGUGUCUAGGAAGCGACAUGACCAGGCCACUGAGUUUCCCAACUAAUAUCUGGGAGAUUGAAAUCCCCCAUAAUUACUAUGUCCCUCCCCUGAGAUAUCCUUCGAAUCUUUUCUGUUAAGGCAUCCCCCAAGGUCUCAGUUGACUCAGAUUGUUUACUGGUUUGUGCAAGAAGGAGGAACAAAAACAGGAAUAAAUGAGCUGCAUGUAUUAACAUGCACUUUUGUGUACCUGAGGAAGUGUUUGGGGGCAGUCAUUGGGGGAUUCCAAAUAUUUCAUUUGGAAUCCCACAUCUCUGGGAAAUCAUCUUCCACAUUUACCUGCUUAUUCAUGUGCUGAAAUGAUCUAUGUUGCAUCUGAUCUUCCUGGAGUGCCUGGCUUUUUGCCCACAUGUGCUUCACCUCCUGCUGCCUCCCACCUGAAUCUUUUGCCUGAGUUCCCCCCCCCCACACACACACACACAAAUCAGACCCCCUUCUCUCCACAGUCCAUACAUCCCUUAGGAAACAGUUCUUUAAAGACUCACAAGUGCUUGUACAGAGAGGGUCAGUUUACAGGGUAUGAAAAAUAGCAUCUGCAGGUGCGUGUGUGGAGGGGGUGUUGUUUUUUGUCUGUUGAGCUAGGCCCCAGUUGUGCACAUUAUGCUUUAAAAAUCCAGGCAUCUCAGCAUUUAACUCUUCAUGAAUGUAGCCAUUGUUUCACAUAUAAAAACUGACAGUAAAAGGGUAAUUUUUUGAGUUGCAAACUUGAUUUUUAAACAGCUCUUGGGUAGGCUGAGCACAUACUGAUAGUGAACGAACAAGUGCUUUGAGAUCUUCAAGGAAUAUGAAGAUUUUAUGUAGUGUGUACACAGUGACUGGGUUUGCACAACAUGAUAACCUAUUGAGGUAGUGGGUUGUCAUGCUGUGCAAACCUGGGCCAUUUCCAAAAUUUCCUAUUUGUAGGUGUGGCUUGUUCUACUCCUGAUGGAUUGGCAUGUUCUCUGGACCCAGAUAACUUCCUCAUCAUGAGUGAAGGGAACUGACAAGUGAGCCUCUUGACAAGAUCGAACCCGUUGUUGCAUAUGCCUUCCUCAUUGGCGAUGAGCCAUGACAGGAAAGGCUUGUCGUUAUGUGUGAAUUCAGGAAAUGUGGCAAAGUGCAGUCCAUUUGGUUACGAUGAAUCUGCAUCCUUGGGAAAGGGUGCCCAGCUCCCUCUGUCUCUGGCACCUGUACUGCUGCCCUCUGUGUGCCAAGCUGGCAUGGGGGGCGGCUCAAGCAAGGUGCAAAAUCUGGCACAUGGGGAAGGGAAACCUGAGGCACAUGUGCAGCAAGGGGGAGGAGGUGUGGGUGGCCAGGCAGGCAUGCUGGUACAUGGGCAUGGAAUGCAUUGUCAGUGGCAGGUGCUGCUCUGUUGUUCCUGCAGAGCAGUUGUGCUACUCAUCUGAUGAGUAGGCAGUGGCUACACAGAGCAGCAGGCAAAAGCAAAACAAAACAAAACCUUGGGCAGAUGCAGGCUGGUGGAGGAGAGGCAGGUGAGGCAGGCAGGCGCAGUGCACCUUGGAAUUGCUUCUGAGCAGCAGGGGCUGAUAGAAUAUGUUGUGCCAUUUAAAGAAAAGAUGAAGUUGCAUGAUAACUAUUCAUGAGUAGUUACCAUGCACAUAUACUAUACAAAUAUCUCACCAGGAUACAGGGUGAUACACAGUUGGCAUUAGAGUUAUGUGUGAACACACCCAUUCUGGAAAUCAGGUCUACUUUUGCAGUUGGAAAGAAGCUGUUUAACUUAUUAAAUAGCUUCAUUUCUAGGAAAGUGAGGUGAGAUCCUGUGUAAAUACUGACAGAUACCACAGAAGAGGGAGAGGAGAACUUUAUAAAAUCUAUUGCAGACGAUAAUGUCAUUUGUUCCCUACCUGUAGAGAGGAGUUGGCACAUUGCUCACCCAAGCACUUUGGGAGGCCCAUGGCCUAUUCAUGGAACCAAGAGGUUCUGCUUGUUUAUAUUCUGCAUGCAGAUUCUGUCGUUGUAGUCAAUACACUGCUGUAUAUUAUCUUUGAUACAGGUAGUUUUGUUUCUUCCUAAAUAUUGUCAUUUCUUAAAUACGGGGCCUUGGCUUGACCAGGACCCCAUGGCUAAAACAGCUGGCAUAGUCAACAGAAUGUUUUAGAAGACCUAACCACAUGUCUGCAAAGAAAAUUUGGAUCUGAAGGGUACAGUCAUCCUUGGGUGAAUGGCAGCAUCAGCAUGGGGUUCUGGGUCAGCUUGGUUGCUCCCCUGGUAUCCUGGAAUGCAGAUUUGAAGGGGCAGAGGCCAACUCCUGUUGUGCUAGACCAGUGCAUGCAAGAGUUGUGAGUUGGCAAAGUGAAAGAGGCUACAACCUGGUGGGGGGAUGGAUUUUCUGGACUGUUUGGUAGAAUUUGUGGGAUGUUAGCUAGAAGCAAGAAAGUGUGAACAAGGUCCCUCUCUGGUGAGUUACAGGUGCUCAAAAGGAACAAUGCCUUGUUACAUGAACUUCGGAGAGUGUUCUGAAGAGCACUCCACAGAGAACAAAGCAGAGAAGCUAGCCAUUAGGGUGCCUAAGUGGAGCAUAAAGAAGUGCUGUGGCAGGGCACAGCCAUUAGAUAAGAUCUGGACGUUGAUUGCGCAGCCUGGUUGGAACCCUGAAAAGUGGGAUAAUGACAUCUGGAAAUCUUUGAAAGAGAAAUUGAUUGAGAGGGAGAAGGAAGACACAUCCUAGGAGUCUGCUGUGCAAGUUUGUCCACUGAUUCAGAACAAAAUGAAAGGGUCCCUGCAGUGCAAAGUCCCCAAGCUACAUACACAAUGAGGGAUUUUCAUGGUUGUGGGAUCAGGGAGCAACCUGUGUUUCUAAGCUUUGAAAAUUGCAUCAGACAGGAGUUUUGUCUAGCAACUUGAUAAUCAAAAUUGUUUUUGGGGAUGCUCAGCCUGCUAUGAUGACUUGGAUGUAGUGAUUUUGGUUGCUGUGCAUAUGCAGCACCUUGAUGUGGUAGAUUGGAAAGAGGAAACAUGGCAUGAUGUCAUAGGAUGGGCUGCAGCAUAGCCUGACAACUUUCAGGGGCUAGUCCAAGAGGCCUUUACACCUGGCAUGAGAACCAAACUCAUGUGUAACUGGCUUAAAGGUUCUUUUUUGUUUUGUUUUUGUUUGUCCAGGUUCAAAGUGUGGGCCAAGUGGCCCUUUCUUGGGCAUUUUUUCUGGGUGAAAAAGUGGGCACAAGCAAGGGCUACAAAGCAAGGGAGAGGGAGAAUAGCAAGGGUGAGGUGUUCCAAUGAGAAAUGAUUUAGGCUUUGAUCUGGGAUGGGAUCCCUGUGGAGGAGAUUAAUAAGAAAGCCUGUGUUGAGAAGACUGUGUUGUUCAAGUUUUGGGAAGAGUGUAGCUUAAAGAAAUACAGCCCCAACCCAGGUGCAUGCAGCAAUCUUGAAUGUACCACCAGAAACCUGAGGGAUGAGACAUAAGCACUGUGCUCUAUACCUACUUUCCCUGUAUGUCUUUUCUGUAGUCUGCACAUAAACUUCCUUCAUCUCUAUCCACAGGUAAGCUUAUUGUCUCUUUGGCUAUGGACAGACAAGGGGAUAUGACAGAAGCAUCCCUGUUUGCAUCCAUUUGUUCAACUGUCUCUUUUUGUCCAACUGUCAUCUCUGGACAAGGGCUUGUAGCACUUUUGUGAAUGUUAUAAAUGUAUAUAUUUUAUCAAAACCUUCUGAUUCAGAAUUUUAUACACAAAGAGCAUGUGGUUGCUUGUGACUUUUCAGUGUAUUUUAUUUUCACAUCAGUAGUUGUGACUAUGUGUAUGUAUUCUGGUAAUACAUAGAAACAUCUGCUGAUUCUUAGUGUUCUAUGGGCUAGAAAGUGAGAUCUCACCCAGCAUGGGUAACUGGUGGAACACUGAACUUUUAUGUGGGAGAUAUCUGGGGUGAAAACUCACAGCUUAUAUUUGUUAACAUAUCCUCUGGGAUAUGGUAUUAUGAGAGUUAUACUAGAGAUUAGUGUUUAGGUGGUGGCUUGGGUGAGGAAUACAAAGGGUAGGGUUUAUCCUGAAAUCUUGUACAGCGUUUUUUAUACCAUACUUGUUGUUAGGUAUAAUAAUCAAUCUUUUUUAAAGUGAACUGUGUAGAUUUUGUGUUAGAAUAACAUUUGAACAGGUUCUGUCCAUGAGAAACACACACUUCAAGUUCAAACACUUCUGACAGAGUGUUGCAAAAACUCUUGGGCCAGCAGUGGUUUCACUUGCAAAACCCAUGCUUGUAUAGCAGAUUGUAUUAGCUAUCCUGGCUGCCUGCAGGGUCAUGAGGUGGGUAUAAUGCAACAAAUAAGCAAAUACAGUGAAUCACUGUGAGUAGAGGUCUUGGCCUGGGGUAUGACUAUUUGCAGUGCAGAUUAGGUAACUUACACCAGUUUCAGUGCUUGAGAUUCAUGUCACUCUGCAGUGAUGCCAUUCUAUUGUAACUCUGAAGCAUCUUAUGUUCUGGUUAAUUAAGUAGGUCUUUCAAUUGUAAACAUGAGUUAUGAGUCGUGGUUAGGGAGAAUACAAGGCAGUGUGCCCAUGUUUAUUGGUUUCUCUUUUCUCUUCUAGGAGCUUCAGAGAGAAGAGAUUCCAUCUUCAGAAUUCAGCCCUGUCUGCUUCCCCCAUAUGCCCCUUAAACUCAUUCACUUUAUGAAUCAAAAGGAUACUAUUAAGUAAAAUGUUUAGAUAUGAAAAGGUAUUUUUGCCUUUGAUGUUUUAAGCAUACUUUAUUGUUUUAGAGUAGCAUACAUGAAAUUGUAGCUUAUUUCAGCAUUUCAUUUGUUCUGACAACUUUAGACUCUUCCAAUUACUAUCAGUUUUCAUUUUUAUUUGAAACUACUAGUUGCAUAAGAGAUAUGGUCAGAAACUUCUCAAUGUUUGAUUAAAUUUUCAUUUUGAUUGAAAGAAGAGAAGAGACAAAUUAGUAGUAAAGAUCUGAAAUUAAGACUAGUCUUAGGAUCCUUGAUAAAAAUGUUCAAGAAAUAUUUUUUCUUCUACAUUGAUUUUUCUAAAUACUAUACAAGUAUAUAUUAAAAACAGUGCAGCUGUCUAAUCUCUUCAGAAUGCAUCUGUAGCUGGAAAUCUUGAUAGUGUGUCCAUUUUAAAUACCAUUAACACUGAAUGUACAAGAUCCUACGAUCUGUACAACACUUUACUUGUGAUUUAAGCCUUGUUGAUUUAAGUGGAAACUAACAGUGUAAUCCUGUGCAUGUCUACUCAUAAGUAAGUUCUGUUGUGUUUAGUGAGAAUUACUCUCAAGUAAGUGAAUAUAAGAUUCCAGCCAAAGUAUAGAUAACUUCAGAUGCAAUUGUAAACCUCUGUAACUAAGGCUUAUUGAACUCAGUGGGCCAUAGGGUUGCAUGUCUAAGCUGGUUCCAAUCCAUUGACUUUAUGUCAAUGGAUUCAGAGAUAGACUUGGGAAGGAUAGUAGAUGGCUAUUACAUGUGAACAAUAUGUAUGGUCUGAAGGCACAUAAGGCAUAUAUGGCAUCCACCAGGAGAGACUACCUGGGAACCACAGAGUGAGAGAGUAGACAGUCCCAUCUCAGUAGACACCAUGUUUUCUUGAAUGCCCUAGCAAGAAUUAGGAUAUAUAUGAAUUUACCUUCAAGUUACCAUAUAUCAAGAAUUCUAAUAGUCCCUUGGUCAGUAGCAAAAAGUUAGUGCUCCCUAUUUUAAGGAACAUAGGGAGUGAGGAUACAGAAUAUGUGAAGAUAAGAAAUAAGUUGACUGUCCACCAUGAAGUGCUUUGAGUACAGUUUACUGUAGAAAAAUCACAUAUAAAUUAUGCUAAAUAAGAAAUUAGCACAAGGCCAGCCAUGGCAGAGAUCCCCCCCCCCCCGAAAUUGGGCGUUUUCUUGUUAAUAUAGUAGAUAUCAAAAACCUUUGGAACUUACCACAAAUUAUCAAGAUGUAUUUUAUCUACCUCUUCUGCAGCUCUAUAAGAUGUACUGUCAUCUAUAGCAAUUGAACACGUCUAUCUCAGUUGUUUCAAAAGAGUAGAUUUCUUUAUGGAUCCCUGAAGUGGUAGUUUGAGAUAGUUUAUAUAAGGGUAUAUGCAUUUUCACAUGGUAAAAUCUGGAUCCAUUUCUUUUGCUUAGAGCUUUUAAAAAUAUGUGUUUUACAUGGUUACAACAUGAAUGUAGCCAGUGCAGCUGAUUAUCUAAAGCUAUGAUAAAGUGCUUAGCUAAAAGUAUGAAAAUGUUACAUGAAAAAGCAAUAAAUGACUGGAAAGUUAUGUUAUUGGUAUCAAUAAAAAGAUAUAUUUAUAAUGAGUGGUGUGGCACCAUUCUCAUUGCUAUAUCACAUGUUGCAGAAAAGUUAUGGAGCAUAAUCGUGCAUGCCCCUCAUAAUUUUGAAUUAUUUGGAUACAAUUUUGACCUGAAACUGUAUCUUGGAAGCUGGAGCCAAUUAAUAUUCAGGACUUAAUUUUCCUUUGUUAGUGACUCAUUUCUGGUAAAAUGUAGCUACUUUCAUUUCCGAGGCUUUCUCCUUGUAGACCAGUGUAGCCUGUUGCUUGUGUUCAGUGGCUGCUGGGUGUGGAGUGUCGUCAUCUGCUCCUCUCACAUGGCACUGAGGUUGCACACAGAUGUGGAAGGUUGUCUUCAAGAAUGAUGCUACUUGUUUUCUGUUUGUUGUGCAAGAUACAACAUAUUAAUGUGUUGUGUGCUUUCUUCAGGAUCCAGCAAUGUUCAGAGGGAUCUCUCUAUUUGACUUUCUGUUUCCAAGCAUUUUUUUUCUCUCAGAUUCUUGGUGCAGCCCUUGAAGAGAUUGUAGUUGUUGUUUUCCUUAGGGUAUAUAUCUGGAUACCAACAAUUACAAGCUUCAGAAGCAUGUUCUUGUCGGUGCCAGACAGCUGAAGAAAAAAAUGUUAAUAUUCCCAGUCUGGUUGCCAGUUCUGAGGUCCAGGAUAUGGUCACACUCAAGACAGCUAUUGUCACGCACAGGUUGGAUCAUCAUGCUGUUGCUGGAGUGGGCAGGGAUCUAGUAUACAGCUCACCUUCCUUAUCUGAUGUAUAGAAAUUUCUGCCUAGCUCAGUGCAAAAUAUUGGGAUUUUGGAGAAACCCCAAUCCCAAGAAGCUCCUCAGCAGUUCAUCUUCAUCAUCAACCUCAAUUAUUACUGAAGCAACUAUUAUCUCAGGGACAAAGCUGGCAGCACAAGUCUGUGAGGAGAUCCAAAAGGAUGUAGAAUCUUGGAUUGCCCUUGGAAACAAAAGGCCUCACCUCACUGUUGUCUUAGUAGGAGACAACCCAGCCAGUCAUACAUAUGUAAGGAACAAAGUAAAAGCAGCGGCAGCUGUAGGAAUUUCUAGUGAUAUAAUACUGAGGCCCAAGGAUAUUUCUCAAGAAGAGCUUUUAGACUUGACUGCGAAAUUAAACAAGGAUUCAAGAGUCAGUGGCAUAUUAGUCCAGCUGCCUCUGCCAGAUCACAUUGAUGAAAGGACUGUAUGCAACACUGUUGCACCUGAAAAGGAUGUGGAUGGAUUCCAUGUUUUCAAUAUUGGACGACUGUGUCUUGAUCAGCCAACUAUUAUACCUGCCACUGCUUUUGCUGUUUGGGAAAUAAUAAAGAGAACAGGAAUACAAACAUUUGGAAGAAAUGUUGUUGUAGCUGGAAGAUCAAAGAACGUUGGGAUGCCAAUUUCAAUGCUUUUACAUACUGAUGGAGGACAUGAAAGGCCUGGAGGGGAUGCUACAGUGACAAUUACGCACAGGUAUACACCGAAAGAUCAGCUGAAGAUCCAUACCCAGCUUGCUGAUAUUGUAAUUGUUGCAGCAGGUAUCCCAAAGAUGAUUACUUCUGAUAUGAUUAAAAGAGGGGCAGCAGUGAUUGAUGUUGGUAUCAACUACAUCCAGGAUCCACUCACAGGAAAGGUCAAGUUAGUAGGAGAUGUGGACUUUGAAGAAGUGAAGAAGAAAGCUGGCUUUAUCACCCCUGUUCCAGGAGGAGUAGGACCCAUGACAGUUGCCAUGCUCUUGAAGAAUACACUCAUUGCUGCUAGGAAACUUAUUUACUAGAAUUUACAAAUUCAAAGCAUUCUAUUUAUGGAUACAUAAACAUUUAUUUUUAUUACAAAUGUAUUUAUUUAUUUAUUUCAUAGAAAAAUCCUGACAAUAGAUUUAUUUGCAAACUGUUAUUAAAAUGUAUUACUUAUAUGGCAA